UCCGUGUCUCCGCCCUCGCGGAGCGGUGGGGCGGGGCCGGGCCGGGCCGCUGGGGCUGUGCGAGCCGGGGCGCCCCUUGCCCCGCGCGGCCUUGCCAGCGCUGCCGGCGGAAGGCGGUGGGAUCUUUUCUAGGCUUGAGGACCGCUUCGAAAGAGCGGGCCUCACAGAACUGAGUUGUAUCAGGAUGUUCCAUCAACAUGCUGGCCUAUCGUGUAUUCUCCAGACUACAACAUCACAUUUAUGGGACUUGAGAAACUGCAUCCUUUUGAUGCAGGGAAAUGGGGAAAAGUAAUCGAUUUCUUGAAAGAAGAAAAACUAGUUGUAGAUGACUUGAUUGUACAGGCACGAGAAGCUACUGAAGAUGAUCUCUUGGUUGUUCACACAAGGCGCUACCUUAAUAAAUUGAAGUGGUCAUUUGUUGUCGCUACAAUUACAGAAAUUCCACCAGUUCUCUUUCUUCCCAAUUUCCUUGUUCAGAGAAAGGUUUUGAAACCUCUACGUACCCAAACAGGAGGAACAAUAAUGGCAGGAAAGCUUGCUGUUGAUAGAGGCUGGGCAAUCAAUGUGGGGGGUGGUUUUCAUCACUGUUCAAGUGACAAAGGUGGAGGGUUUUGUGCAUAUGCUGAUAUCACACUGGCUAUUAAGUUCUUAUUUGAAAGAGUACAAGGAGUCUCUAAAGCCACAAUUAUUGAUCUGGAUGCUCAUCAGGGAAAUGGGCAUGAGAGGGACUUCAUGGAUGAUAAUAGGGUAUAUAUUAUGGAUGCAUACAAUAGAUACAUUUAUCCAGGGGAUGGAUUUGCUAAACGUGCCAUAAAACGCAAGGUGGAAUUAGAGUGGGGUACAGAGGACACAGAGUAUCUUCAGAAGGUACAGACUCAUGUGGAAGGAGCAUUAAAUGAACUAAAACCUGACAUCGUUGUUUAUAAUGCUGGAACUGAUAUUCUAGAUGGUGAUCCAUUGGGAGGACUUGCUAUUUCGCCUCAGGGAAUUGUGAAGCGAGAUGAAGUAGUAUUCAAGGCUGCCAGAAGCCGCAGAAUUCCAAUCUUGAUGGUGACGUCUGGAGGCUAUCAGAAGAGGACAGCGCGGAUUAUUGCUGAUUCCAUUCUUAAUUUGCACAACCUGGGGCUUAUUGACAAGGAGCUAGCAACCAGUGGAGCUGUAAAUCCUAAGGUAGAACAGAUGCUUCGAAACUCUAUUGCAGACUUAACCAACUUGUCACUGCAAUGACAAGAUCCCAAAUAUUAGGAAACAACUUACUGUUUCAGGAAUAGGAGGUCUCCAUGUCAUUACCAGGGUUAAUAUAUUCAAAAAGGACUUAACUUGCCUGUAAAAUAAAGUACAGAUAAUACAUGGUCACAGAAUAACUGUGUUUAACUUCUGAACCUAUAUCCUUGUGAGCUAAUUUAGACUUAUACUGAAGGACACUGUCUUUCAGUUUAUAAUAUUACUGUAGGAAACUUCAAAUCUCUUAUUGUUAUGGAUAGUCUAUGAUGUUUAAAGAACUAUGCAGUUGGUAUCCAAAGACUGUCCCAGACGUAUUUCAGAUGAUGUGUUUUUCACAGUGGUGGGAGAAAUCUGGACUGAACCCAACUUGUCAUUCUCUGUUAAAUAUGUUACAUUUUAUUUAUUGUUUUGAAAACUAAGAAUUCUGUGUAGUCUUCAACUGUCAGUUUAAUGCUAAAGUUCAUGUGCAAUACUAUGAAAAACAGUUCAAUUAUUUGGCUUUUAAGCCAUGGCCUAUUAGAAUGAAAGUUUAUUAAUUUAUAUUUUAUUCCUGUUAUUGACAGUGACUUAAAUUCUGCUUUAUAAACAAUUUCAGAAAAGGAAUAUGAAAUACUUAUGUCAAUAUGCAAAUGAUCCCUAAGGGCUCAGCAUUAACAGUCUGUUUUCUGCAUCUCUAAAAAUGAGGCCUGCAUGUAAAAGACAACAGUUACUAUGCAGUGAAAACUGCAUAAUAAAGAGAUGAAAUUAGAAUUAACUUUAGAGUUCUGAGAAAUCUUGUAGAAAAUAAAAUUAGUGGAAGUUCAGAGUACCUCUUGUUGUAAUAAACUGGUACUAACCAGCCUGUGUCAUGUAUCAACCGUCACUGGAGAGUUAAUUUUGAUUUUUUUUCUACUAGUGCUAUGUUUUUUCAUGUGCUCAGACUAGUGUUAAUCAUAGUUAUAGUCAUAGUUGGUAAUCAAACGGUUCAUAUGUAGAAUAAAAAUACUGUGAAAUUGCUACAUUAAGCUUAUGUAAUAUCUUUAUAGGAGAGUUUUUAGGAGAUACUAUGAUUUGGGAACAAAAUAGUGUAUUCAAAAGCAAAUUAGGUGCAUUUAUUAACAGCAAAGUUUGUUUUUAUUUAAGUUAAUAUACUUUGCAUUAGAUACUGUUUAUAGCAUUGGGUCAUAAAUUUACUAAACUGUAUAUUUUUCAGGAGGUUUUUUUUAACUUCUAAGCAUUCACUUCUUUGUAGUACAAGUUUCAUGUGAUAAGGUUUGAGCCUCCUUAAGAAGGGACACCAGUAUUUUCCUCAUGGUAGUAGAAUUAGUGUGUAAGCCAUUUAAGGAGUGUUUAAAUCUAAUUAGGAUACUUACCUCAGUUAAUGCUAAUUUCGAGAUUGGUAGGGUUUUUAUUUGUAGGAAAUUUGCACAAUUGCUAUGUUUGCUUUAGAACAGAUUUGGCAUAUUGCACUAAUCUUGAGUUGCAACACUGUUAUUAAAAAGCACUUUUAAAUUUCCUACUAGAUGGGUGGUCAAAGUACUAAUGUUGAGAUUUAUUUUUUUCUAUACUGUGUUACUUAAAGAUAUUGCUAUUCUUUCCUAUAAUUUUUAUAAAAUUAUAAAUUAUAUUUCUAUGAACUAAAACUCUGUAGUAGUGCCAUAUGGUCUUUUCCAAAACACUUUGUUUGUGUUAACAUGUUUAUAUUUUCCCUCAUUGGAAAUUAAAAUGGUGUUGAAUAA